GUUUAUUGCAUUUUGGAUUGACAAAUACCAACUAACCUCGAUCUUCAACUUUAAUAUCCAUAUUAUAUUACAAACUGCGUAUUUGACGUAUCAAAGGCCGCGGUAUCCGGCGAACCGUGUGAUCAUGUUAAGAUCGUCCUAUUCCUAGGAGUAUUAUAAAUACCACAAUACCUGUUAGUUUCUCCAAAUCAUCAAAACCCUCUUGAGUUAUAUUCAAAGCACACACCUGAUUAAUUAAUUAUACUUCCUUUUGUAAGCUAGCACCACCACCGCCAUGUCUGACGGGAAGCACCACCACCACCAUAUCGGCCACCACCACAAGGAGGAAGACAGCGGGCCAGUUGACUAUGCCAAAGAGGCCAAACACCACAAGCAUCAGGAGCACCUCGCCGAGCUCGGUGCCGUUGCUGCUGGCGCUUUCGCCUUGCAUGAGAAGCACAAGGCAAAGAAAGAUCCGGAGCAUGCCCACAAGCACAGAGUAGAGGAAGAAAUUGCAGUCGUAGUUGCAGCUGGAUCCGCUGGGUACGCGAUCCACGAGCACCAUGAGAAGAAAGCAGCAAAGCAUCAUGAACCUCACCACGGCCACCACCACCACUAAUGAUUUUUUUCAUCUCUUUGAACCGUGCGUGUUUUGUAAUCCUUGUAAUUUAGCAGUCAUGAUUACCAAGUACUGCACUAAAUAAUUGAACUUUGUGGGUGGUUUAUGUUUGAUUUUCUAGGUCUCCCUUUGUGAGAAUGACCUAGUAAAGGAGAUGUUGUUUGUUAGGUUUCUAUUCAUGUGACAUUAUAAAUAAGAUAUAUUUUGUUUCGUUUUCAUAAAA